AUGAAUGAUGAUCCAAUUGAACGUGGCAUUGAAACCAUUCCAAAAGAUUGUGAUUUAUUGAACGUUAUUAUUGAUGACAGUUUAACAGAUAGUUGGGAAGAAGAUAUUGAAAUUGACGUUAAUGAUCCAACAUUAUCCAAAGAACAAAAAUUAAUAUUAUCAUUGAUGGCCAAGUGUCGGAAAUUAAUCCUUAUGAUUAAAAAAUCGUCUGUUUUUAGUGAUUAUAUUAAAAAACAACGUAAAUUAUCAAAUAUAAAACGUGAUUUAAUACAACGUACAAGAUGGAAUUCAACAUAUUUGAUGAUCCAUUUAUUAAAGGUUUUACGUUCAACUAUUGAAAAGUUGUUUCGAGAUAAGCAUUCUUUAACCAAAAAUUGUGAACAACUUCAGAAACAUAAUAAACUUGAAUUAACAAGUUCUGAAUGGAAUUAUUUAGAAGAACUGUGGAAGGUUCUUCAUGGUUUUUAUUGUACUACUAUACCUAUAUCUGGAAGAAAUUAUUGUAUCAUUGGUGCAUCAUUUUUUGUAUUAAUGCGAUUGAAGGCAUAUUUGUUCGAAGAUCGAAAAGAUAGUUUAUUCAUCAAGCGUUUGAAAAAAUUAUUAUUGACAAAAUUUAUACAAUAUUAUGAAAUAGAUCGAAAUCAAAUGGACAUCUUGAAACUAUUCGAUGUUGACAAGCGUGGUGUAGAACAGCACGUUAAACAAACAUUAAAUAAUGAAUCUAUAAAUGUAAACAAUCAAUCAUCGUCAUCAUCAUCAUCAUCACAAUUAAAUACAUCUUCAACGACUACAGUUGAUAUAAUCAAUUCUACUACAACAUUAUCCACAACACAUUCUUCCCAAAAGAAAAAAGUAACAGCUAUGGAAACUUUCCUAAUGACUAUUGGCGAUACUAGUUAUUCUACACCAGCUCCUACAAAUCGUGCAUCUAUUAUAGAAGAAAUUUAUAAUUAUCGAUUAUUACUUGGCAAAUUCAAUCAUGAUCGUAUUCCAGAUGUAUCAGCGUUUGUCGAAAUUUGGACAAUCUAUGGAGGUGCACUUCCUUCUCUCUUUAAACUCGCUAAAGAAUUCAAUUGUACACCAGCAACAAGUGUUGCUUCUGAAGCUGCUUUUGCAGCUCGAAAAGAACGUUCACGAAUAUCACCAGAAAAUCUAUCAGCUGCAAUUUUUUUGAAAGUAAGUUGCGCAUUACAAACGAACGUUUAA